AAUCUACAGGUGCAUUCUUGCAAGAAAGUGGUGAAUCGUGAAGGCCAUGGCUCGCAACAAGGUGAAGCUGCAGCGGAUCAUCAAUGAUGCGAAGCGGCGGGCAACAUUCAAGAAGCGGCUCAAGGGCUUGAUGAAGAAGGCAAGCGAGCUGGCAACACUAUGCAAUGUGGACACAUGCCUCAUGGUGUAUGGUGAGGGUGAGGCGCAAGCAACGGUGGUUUGGCCGUCGGAGUCGGAGGUGAUGAGAGUUCUCGAGCGCUUCAAGACCUUGCCACAGCUGGACAAAUAUAAGAAGAUGACCGACCUGGAGGGCUUCAUCCAGGAGCGCAUCAACAAGUUCCAAGAGCAGUUAGACAAGGUGAGGCGUGAUGCCGAUGAAAGUGAGACCAAGCUACUCCUCAUUGAAGCUCUCGAAGGCCGCCGCCCAGGCCUUGAGGGGAUCACCAUUGAGCAACUUACCAGCCUUGGCUGGCUUGUAGAUGCACGCCUCAACAUCGUCAAUGAUCAACUCCAGAAGCUCCACGAGCAGGGCCUCCUACCAGCGUCUAUUUCACUGCCAACCAUGGGGGUACUGCCUUACACCACGGCGGGCUACACUGUUGCGCAAGAGGCACCAAUCCAGAGGGGGGGAUGGCUCAUGGGUGUUGUAAGGGGCAUUGGCUCAUUGGGCUAUAGUUUGUUCAGAGGUAGCGGCAGAAGCAACACUGCUGGACCCAGUGGUGACAUGGUGCAACCUUUCAACAUUGGCGCAGGAUCCUCAUUGGCCAACCAGGGUAUUUCAUUCCCUCCCAAGUAAGGAGGGGCUCAUUGCCAUUUGCAUGCCUUUCCAGCAUGUUAAGGGUGGGCUUCUUCUAAAAUGAUGUUUUCUAGAGAAACCAUGGUCAACUAUCAAGUUUGGAGGGUCUCUUUCACUCCUUUAUUUACAACCCAAAUAUCUCAUUCCUUUUUUUAUCCCAGAAUCCCAUUUCCAUUUUCAGUCCUAAUAUCCAUUUUUCCUCUUUUAGAUCCCCAUAAACUAUUCUUGUUGUUUGCUUCAUGUACUUGUGGUAUCUUAUUACUAGCUAAAUGCUUAAACAA